AAAAACAAAAAAAAAAACAUUAACUUGCAAGGCAAUAGAGUUGAUAAGCAAGUUAACAAGUUAUCAUAAUGGCUUCAUUACAUAGCUUGAACACUUUAGCCAUUGUUGCUUUCGCACUUGCUUUCUUGGUACAAGUCACUUUAGGGGACAUUGCGUGCGAGAAUUUGAAUGAAGACUCUUGUGCAUUUGCAAUAUCGAGCACGGGUAAGCGUUGUGUUUUAGAGAAACAUCUUCGUAGGAGUGGUGAAGAAGUAUAUAUAUGCCGAACAUCAGAAAUUGAGGCUGAUAAACUCAAGGAUUGGAUUGAAACUGAUGAAUGCAUUGGGGGGUGUGGCGUCGAUAGAAAUGCCCUUGGCAUUUCUUCUGACGCUCUGCUUGAGUCUCGCUUUACUAGCAAGCUCUGUUCCUCUGCUUGCUACAACAACUGCCCUAACAUUAUUGAUCUCUACUUCAAUCUUGCUGCUGGUGAAGGUGUAUAUCUGCCCAAGUUAUGUGCAGAGCAAAAGGGAAAAGGGCGCCGUGAAAUGGCUGAGAUCAGAAGCUCGGGAUUUGUUGCACCAGCACCGGAAUCAGAAGUGAAGCCCCUCAAUUUCAUGAUUGCUCCGGCAAUGCCUCCCUUCUAAAUUCGAUAAAGCUUAUUACAGUUAGCACUAUAAGUAUACAAUGGCUUUUAUUUACUAGUAUUGAAGUAAAAUAAAGACUCUGGGUUGACCCAGUUGAUAGCGUAUAUUUGUAUCGUUGUGUGGUUUGUUAAAUUUCAGUAGUAUUUCACAAGGCAGGUGGAGAAAUGCUUCAGAGAUCUACAAAUGCAUUCACCCUGCUCGGCCUAUUUCAAUCUUUUAUUAUAAUGGAGUAUUGAUAAUGUUUUAU